GUAAACUUUAGGAUGGCUGCUAAACAUUUACAAGUGCAAGAAGACUGUGUGGAAUAUCAACUAUUUCCACCGCCCCCCGAAGGAUUAGAACCACCAGACGAGCAGGAAUACUUAGAAGAAAGAUGUGAUCAGUAUUUGGGACACCUAGGAUCACUUUUGGUGUCUUAUAUCUGGCAGAAAGAACCUUUCAAUUUGAACGUUCAUAAAUCGUCAGGGCUGAUUCCUGGUCAUUUAAGAGGCAUAACAAGAUUUGGAGACAAUAUAGAAGAUGAAUGGUUUAUUGUCUACAUGCUGUAUGAACUCACCAAAACAUAUCCUGGCUUAGUUGCAAGAGUGUGGGACACUGAUGGUGAGUUCUUACUGAUAGAAGCUGCAGACCACAUACCCAAAUGGCUGGAACCUGCUACAUCAGAGAAUAGGAUUUUCAUCAGUGAAGGCCAACUGCAUAUAAUUCCUAAGGCUCAGAGGCCUGGUGCAAUAACCACUACUGGGACCCCUGACCUUGAAGACUCUCUGGUGUGCAUACGUGAUUACCCAACCAUCACACUGGCACAUAAUCCUGUACAGAGUGCCAUAAAACGAAGAAUUAAAGAAUACCCAGGCAAAAUAGAGGCCAACAUGCAUCGUGCUCAUUGUUAUAUCCCUGCAGCCCUGGCCGCUGUGCUGGAGGACAACCCACAGCUUUUAGCUGCGGGGGUUGAGGCUUUCUAUUACAGGGACCCAGUCGACUUAAAGGCAUGCAGAACAUUCACACAUUUUCGACCUGGGACUAGAGUAAUGAGAGAGGUGAAGUUCACAAGAUGUCUAUAUGCUCAGCUAAUGCAACAGAGAUUCCAGCCUGACCCAAGGAGUGGGUGGACUCUUCCUGCUACAUCCAAUCCUAAACACAAGUCACAUGAAUUAGGCAUGAAACUGGCUCAUGGCUUUGAGAUUCUCUGUGCGAAAUGUUCUGCAAAACCAGGCCAGACUAAUCCAUCAACCAUAGCUGACAAUGAUGUCAGGUGGCAAAGAUACAAGUCAACGCUACAAGAAAAGGGAUAUUUCAAGGGUGAGGUAGAGGGGUCACAGUUAUACAGACAGUUAGAGCAGAGUGCCAAGAAACAUUUCUCAGAGGCUGUAGCAACACAGGAAAGCAAUAGUAAAGAUGCAGGCCACCAGGUGCUCACAUUGUUGGAUUCACUCAAGUAUGACAUUGAGGAUCUACGAAAACAGGAAAAGAAUUUAAAGAAACCAGACAAUGACAGUUGGUUAGAUAUUACCCCACAACAGCUAGAUGACCUGAUACAUAAGACAACAGGUCAGAACACUACAGAUGACACGUUUGAUCUCACUGACAUUGCCAACAGUAUGAAGUCCUUUGUAAAUAAUGUUUCUGGCUUUGAGGGAGCUGAAUUCCCUGGUCAAGAGGAAGGAGAUAUACAGUUUAACUCAAGCUCAUUCAUGCAAGACAUGCAGAAACUUGUAGAUCUUGAUGAUAACAUGGGUGACAGUAGUUCUGAUGACAUGAGUGAAUAUGGCUCCGAUGAUGAGCUGGAUGAACUUGGUCCAUCACCUCGGAAACCCCCUCCAAAACAAAAUGGCCAGAGUAUGAAGGGCUACAUGGAUGCCAUGGACAGGGAAUUGGCACAGACUAAUGUUUGGAAGUCAUUUGAGCGGGAAAGUAAACCAGUAGCACCACCAAGACAUAAGAAGGCUAAAGUUCCUGCUAGAGCGAGACCAGAGAGUGAUGAAUUUGACAUUGAUGAUCUAGAUGAUGACUUUGAACCAGUAAAUGUAGAUUUGACUGUUGUAAAGAACAUGAUGGAGUCUUAUAAGUCACAACAAGGACUUCCAGGCCCCGGGGGUAACAUCCUAGGGUCUAUGGGGGUAAGGAUCCCCGAGGACUCUGGAUCAUCUGACCAGGAUAGCACCCCCGCUGCUACCCCAACAUCUGAAAGAGAGUCACCUAAAAAGGAAACCACAGUAUAGAAGAUGUAUAAGUUGAAAGGUUGAAUGUUCGCUAUGACAGAAAGAAAUACAAGCAUUAGAUGAAAGGAAAAAUACCUACACAGUCACUACAUGCAUAUUAAAGUGGCACAGUCUCUCUAAUCCUGAAAUACACCAAAACUAAGAAUCAGAACUACCUAUAACCAGCACCGUAGCCUUGGAUACAAAUCUUCUUCACACUUUAAUUACAGAUUAAAAAAUACUCGCAUAAUUUACUAAUCACCUAUUAAAAAUUAUAUGCUCGUUUCAGCAUAUAAGUGGUAUAAAUUAUGGGCUGUUAUGAUUCUUAACAAUUUUACAAUUUAAACAACAAAACACUUCAAAAAAGGUCAAUUAUGAAAUUCAGUUUGAUGAAUGGCAAUUGUUAUUAUAAACAAUUUGUAAGGCUGAUGAGAUUUACAGGAAUUAUAAACAAGUCCUCGGUUUUAUCCAUUAUGUACCAUUCCCUUUUAUAGCCAACUGAGUGUUGUAGCAUAGUAUUUUCUAGAUUUCAAUAUGAAUGCAUGAUA